AUGGGGGUGAAAACUUUCACACACAGCUCCACCUCCCAUAGCCAGGAGAUGCUGGAAAAGCUCAACGCCCUACGCAACGAGGGCCACCUGUGUGAUGUCACCAUCCGGGUCCAGGACAAGCUCUUCCUGGCUCACAAAGUGGUCCUAGCCUGCUGCAGUGAAUUCUUCCGCUCCAAACUAGUGGGCCGACCGGAGGAGGAGGACAAGUUCGUGUUGGACCUUCAUCAUGUGACUGUUAGCGGCUUCGCGCCUCUGUUGGAAUAUGCCUACACGUCUACUCUUUCCAUCAGCACGGAGAACAUCAUUGAUGUUCUGGCAGCUGCAAGUUACAUGCAGAUGUUUGCGGUGGCAAGCACAUGCUCAGAGUUCAUGAAGUCCAGCAUCCUGUGGAGCCCGGGGAACAACAACAACAACAACAACAUGGCAGCAGAUAAACCGCACGAAUCAGUACCAGAGAGCGCCUCGUCAAACUGUGCCCUGACGCCGUUAGAAGGCAGCGUGUCGCCUGUUUCUUCUGACUGCAGCGUCAUGGAGAGAAACGUUCCUAUAUGCCGCGAAUCACGGCGGAAACGCAAAACCUUUGUGACAAUGGCAUCUCCAGAGAGUCCGCUCAAAUGCACUACACAGAUGGUCACCACCUCCCCUCAGAUCCCCAACCCUUCCCCGUCUUUCUCAGACAGCACAGCUCAGCCCGUGGAGUCCUCUCUGGCCUUCCCGUGGACUUUCCCUUUCGGUAUCGACCGGAGGUUCCACUCAGACAAAUCAAAACUCCCAGAGAGCCCUCGUUGUUUAGAGCAGGGCACACCGGGGACCUCAGAGGUGGUGGUUGGUCGGCGGCUCAGCGACUUCCUCACAUGUGAAAGCUCCAAGGCUGUGUCAUCGCCAGUGCAGGCGGAGGAGGAAGACGUGAGGGUAAAGGUGGAGCGUCUCAGUGAUGAGGAAGUCCAAGAGGCGUCAUCGCAGCCCGUCAGUGCCUCCCAGAGCUCGCUGAGUGACCAGCAGACGGUGCCAGGCAGUGAACAGGUCCAGGAGGAGCUGCUCAUCAGUCCACAGUCAUCUUCUAUAGGUGGUGUUAUUCUCCUUACUCUCUGAGUUCACAGCAUUUAGAAUUAAUCCUUAGCAAUAAUGUACUCUGUCUUAUGGAAAUGGCUGGUUGCAUAGGAAGACGUUUGUAACCCUGAUAUCUAUCAGGGAUGUGAGAAAGCACAUCUGCGUCAUCCAGAAAUACUCUGUAAAAGACGAUAAAUCUGCUGAUGGAGACACACAUCAGCACACAUAUCUAUCGCUGAUAUAACAGAGGCUGUGUCCUGACCUAUUUACCGGUGUCGCUUAUAAAACAUGCAACUAGCGCUCCCUUCCACCUACAAGUUUUUAUUUGUAUUUGUCUCAGUGGAAAGUUUUGUUGUCCAGUGGCCCAAAUACUUUUCAAAGGCUUUUCAGCUGUAAAUAAAAAGAAAAUGGAAAAACUUGUCAUUUUUUCCUAAACUGCUCAGGAGUGCAGUGAACUCAAAUCCAGCAGCAUCAGUCCUUAAAUUUGGGAUUAACCUUUAAAGACUUUAAGUAUUUUUGUUUAAUUUAUUCAAGAUGUUAAGAUCUGGACCUCUUUAUUUUUGUUUUAAAAUUAGAAGAAAGGAACCUAAGAGUGAUUUAUUUUCUUCCUGUCCUCAGGGUCGAUGGAUGAGGGAGUGUCUGAGGGCUUGCCGUCAAUGCAGAGUUCUUCCACCACAGGAGGACACGCAGAAGAUGAUGAAAGGUAUCACGAUGUGUUCCAACUUGCAGUGGAGAAUAUAUAAACCUAUAUCACAUCAAUGGGUGUCUGAGCCACACCUGUUUAGGUGGUUAGUUUACACGUCAUGUUGAAACGGCAAAGACAUGGCGUGGUAUUUUACAAAGAAUUGUUAAUGCCCCGGGACAUUCAAUAAAAUUUAUGUGCAUGGUAACAUAGCAUUCUGCUGCAAGUCUUUGAACGUCAGAUACUGACAGAUGAAAGUAGUGGAGAUUAGGGAAGUUGGUUUGUUGACAUGUCAAAGAGAAUAUUUGAAGUUUCCAAAGUUUCUGUAUCACAUCUAAGUUUUAUGAGUCGAUGAUAAAACAGAUUUUGAUGGUCUGCAAAUCAUUGAAACCCUGUAUCUGAAAGGAAUUUGUGCAAACUAAGACAACAUACCAAAUGUUAAAACUGAAAAAAUGUUUUUUGUUUUAUAAAAAUAGAUACUCAUUGAAAACUUGAUGCCAGGAACACUCACAGUAAGUUCUAUACAGUAUUAGGAGCAGAAGAGGCCAAUUUUGGUAGUUAUGAAGUAAAACAUUGGCCUGGUCCUGUCUGAUGCAGGACUUCAGUAGCCCAGCAGUUCAGAGUCUCCUUUGUUGUAUUUUUUUAUUCUGUGAUAGGCCAGAUGUUUUCUUUGGAUUCAGUGCAUUCACUUCAGGACUGCAGACUGAGGACUUUAGCAGCAGGACUCUUUUACUUCAGAGCCACGCUGUUGUAAUUGUCUUUCAUUGUCUUUCUGCAAGAACGUCUAUCCUGGAAAAGUCACUGUCAGCAGGUUUGCUCCAAAACCUGCACAUAUUGUGCUUUUCCAGAUGUGUAAACUAGCCAAACAUUUCACUCUUAAACAUUAAUAAAUGAUUGUAACAAGCUAGGUGGUCCCUGUCUUCUUCAAAGGGGAGGACUUGCUAUGUAUGGCUUUCAAAAAGAAUGUUCAGUUUGAUUUAUCAGACCGCAGAACAGUUUUCCCUCAGGACUCAGUCUUGAAGGGUCUCUGGCUUAGAGAAGCCCACUUUUUUAGAUCAUGUUGUAUAUGGUUUUCUCUUUGUGUAGUACACUUUUUUUCGCUCUUGUGGAAGCGGCAACAAACUGUGGGAGUGAUUUUGAGACUUUGCAGUGGUUUCCACUACAGAGUCAAAUAUCAGGGGCCAAUAAUCACAGCCAUUCAGUGUUGAUUUUUGGCGUUGUUUUUUUUUGCGGAGAGCUUUCUCUACAUCCUCUGAAUCUUUUUUUAUAUAUCAUGUGCUGUAGGUGAUUCAUUUUGUUUUUUAGUUUUAUGCUGAGGAACAAUACUCUGAAGUUGUUGACAUUAGUGCUCAUGCAGUCUCUCACAGUCUCUCACCUCUUAAUAAAUAAACCAAACCACUGGAAAGAUGUUCCUCCAGGUGUUGAUCUUGAUCUAGAGCUGUUCAACUUUUUCAGUGUUUGUUGUCCCUUUCUUGUCAUUUAAAAACUUUUUGCUUACAUCAAAUUUAAAAUAAGAACAUUCUUUUUCAUAAUAGAAAAAACAUUUCUCAGCUCUUAUAUUUUAAUAUGCUGAAACUUACAAAUAUUGAUAAACCAUUGUGCACAAGUCUGGGGCAUUAAUUUAUUUGGUACACAGAACUAAGGAGCUAGCUUGUAUUUCUAAGUUGCUCACAUUCAGAGCUUUUUUGCUGUUGUUGUUUAUUUUGUUAGGAAGUGACAUGUGCAGUAAAGCAGUCAUGUAAACAUGCUAAAUGUAGCCAAUCAGAAUCCUUUUUGUCAGCUGCUGCAAAUGCAAAUCGAUGUCCAUGAAAAGACCCUUCCAAAGCUUGAAGUUUCCAAGUUUAAAUAUGCAACACUUUGAAUAUUAGAGAAGCAGGAACAGGUUUAAUAAUUUGGAUCACUGCUCUGUGUGUGUUGCAGGUUAGAAGGUAUUCAGUAUCCAUACCACCUCUACAUCAGCCCCUCAGCCAGACCUGGCACCAACGGCCCUGACAGACCGUUCCAAUGUCCGACCUGCGGAGUCAGAUUCACACGCAUUCAAAACCUGAAGCAGCAUAUGCUCAUACACUCCGGUAGGUAAAAUAAGCACAAUGAAAUCUAUGAAGUGUCAUUGAAAUACUCUUAACAAGAACUGAUGUUGUAAAAGUUUGGGAAGUCUGUCAUUUUGCAAGAUGUGCAGACAACAAACAUGUUUCGAAGCCUAUUUUUCUGGAUCAGCAUUACACUCUUAAAAAUAAAGAUCCUUGGAAAAACUAUAAACAGACAAAAAUUGAUUUCACGUGUCUUUCCCAUCAAACUUGUUUUGCUCCUUGUAAUUCUAUGUUAGAAACUCAUGGAGACUAAUGACUUCGUAAAACAUUUAUCAGUCUUUGAGUUGCGCAAAUACUACAUGUCAAUAUUUCUAUUUUUAUCAGGAGUCCACAAAAAAAGCUGUAUAUAGGGAGGGAUUUUUACCCUUAGUGGAACUCUUAAUGGAAAUCCAAAUGAAGGUUAGAUUAAAGUUAAACGAUGACACUUGCCUAGGAUGUGUAUAUAAUAUUGCUCAGUGAUGAAUUGAGGAGGCUUUCUUGGAAACAGAGAUCUGCGUCAGGGCCAGCUUUGUGGUGAGACGUAGUCAUUAACCUCCCUCUUACCUCCCCUCAAUCAUUCACAGAUACUUCCACACAUGUGAAUGACUUGUUUUUUUCCUCCUUCUUGCAGGCAUUAAGCCUUUCCAGUGUGACCGCUGUGGGAAAAAGUUCACACGGGCCUACUCCCUAAAGAUGCAUCGGCUGAAGCACGAAGGUAAACGCUGUUUCCGGUGCCAGAUUUGUAGCGCCACAUUCACGUCCUUCGGUGAAUAUAAGCACCACAUGAGGGUCUCCCGACACAUAAUCCGCAAGCCGCGGAUUUACGAGUGCAAAACGUGUGGCGCCAUGUUCACCAACUCUGGCAAUUUAAUUGUACACCUGAGGAGUCUGAACCAUGAGGCAUCCGAACUAGCAAACUACUUCCAGAGCAGGUGAGGAGUCUGGGGGCGCUAACCUCUAUUAUUUACUCAGAUCCCACCUGGAUCAAAAAAUGAGUCCAGCUAGAUUCUAAUACCUGAGGUUCAUGAGAUCAAUUUUAAUUUCAUGGCUUUGGUUUUGUUGAACUGUUUGUAGAUGUUUACAGAUGAUUUGAAUGUGGCGGAUCAAGUGCACACGAAGUAUAUGACAGCACGGGGAAUUUGUUACUUCACUCAUUUGAAAGAGUAGUUCAACAUGUAGGGGUAUAUACUUACUCAUUUUCAGCUCAAGACUUAGAUGUGCACUUAUUUAAAUGUGUACCUGGAGCCAGCACUGGUGAUCUGGACAGAGCGCUAGCUUGGCUCAGUCCAAAUGUAACAAAACUUGUCUACCAUCACAGAAACACCUCUUUAAUCAGCACAUUUGUAGGUUUUUUUAUUUAUAUUUAAAUUGCCAUGUAAAAACACUAAUUCACAAGAUACCCGCGGUAUUUAGACCUUUAUUUUUUUAGCUGGGACAAAUUACCAGGAGGCCAGCAAAGUCUUAUAGAAGUUUUAAAAAAUAAGUUUUUAUCUCUGCUGGAGUGAAUGAAAGGGACACCGAUAGAUUGACUGACUAUCUGUUUCGGCCAGUGUCGGCCCUGUUGUUGGAUUUCAAGGUCCAGGCGAAUAAUUUGGUAUUCUUGAUUGGCGUAACCGGUACGGCUGUCACUUAAAAAAAUAAAAAUAAAAAAGAUAAUAACAAUAAUAAAGUUCCCCACCAAAAAUGUUUCACAGUUUCUUAAACAGUAGUACAGCAUACCAAAAGUACUAGCCCAAUGACACUGAAAUAUCCUUUGAUUAAAGAAAAUGUCAAAUCAGAUAACUUGACAAGAUAAUAAGAUAAACAAGCAAUCAAUCAAUCAGUCUUCCCGUGUAGGACUGGAAGUAGGGGAAAGUCCCGCCUCCUUUGCCUCUGAUUGGCUAGAAAACCUGGAAACGUCAUUACACGCUCAAGCCAAAUGCAGUCUGUCAGCUCUGUACAUCAAACAGAACAUUAUCCCUAACCCUAACCCUCAUCCUAAUCCUAACCCUCAUCCUAAUCUUAACCCUAACCCUUACCCUUACCCUUACCCUCAUCAUCCUAAUCCUAACCCUAACCCUAACCCUAAUUCUCAUCCCAAUCCUAAUCCUAAUCCUAAUCCUAAUCCUAACCCUAACCCUAACCCUAACCCUAACCCAACAGACGAUGAUGUUUCACAGCCAUUAGGAAUAGCCAAGCCCAGCACUUCUAGCCAAUUAGAGGUGAAGGAAGGUGGGACCUUUCCCUACCAUCCUACAAAAAAAAAAAUUUGCGUGCCGCGGUGAUGAUGUCAAGAACUGUGAUUUAAACUGUAACAAUAUUUGCAUUAAACCCACAGCCUGUUGAAUGCAUCACACCGGCAUAUAAUUUACCGAGGUAAAGAGUGCCAUUCAGUGGUUAGGUUACGUUGAGAGCGCCCUCUGCUGGAUGAAAUGGCAGACUACUUUAGACAGCCUGAUAUGCUGACAAACUUUAGAUUUUAUAUUUGAACGGCUCAUACAGAAUACUGACCCAUAACCCUGAGUUCAAAUGGUGACUUGAAUUUCAGAUAAUAAGUAAGAGCCCUUGUAGUCCAUACUGCUCUGUAUAAAUUUGACUGUGGAAGCGAGUAAACCCCAUGAUAGGCCAAGGGUUUGUGUUUACGCUUUUGAAAACAAACACUGUAUUUAGUAUGAAAAAAAUUACAAGUUCUCAAUGAUGCCCUUAGCGGUUUUUGUUUAUAUCUAAUCAUGGCUUCCUGAAUCUCCUUUUGUUUGUAAUGACUGAAGAUUUUUCCUCCGGCAUAAGUAAAAAUAUUAAUUAUAAAAGGGGGGAGUGCCUCCAUUAAGGCUCCUCAGUCAACUGGAAAUGUUUCAGUCAUGCUCAAUCCAAAUUCAAAGGAAUCACUGUUAAAAGUUUUCCAGAGUCUGUAGCAACACUAUCAGCUGUGGGUUAUCAAGAGUGUAAGAUGAACUUUAGAGGUGCAGAGUGUGAUGUUUUGUAUGUUUGAACAGAGCCAGGCGAGCUUUUUCACUGAUUCCCAUUAUUUGUGUUGAGCUCAGUUACCCAGCUGCUAAAAAGUACCAUCACAUUGACGUUAAAUAUGAAUACUAAGUAAGAUAUCUCUUCUAAUCUUAGUCUUGGGAAGAAAGUAAAUAAGUGUAUUCUCCAAAGCUUUGAACUAUUAUUUCAAAGUUCACUAACAAUAUGAAGUGUCUCAUAGUCUCUCUUACUCGCCCCUCUUUGUUUGGUAAAUUUAAGGGUGAAGUGUUCAAGAUUAAGAAACGAGUUCAGUUUAGUAAUUGUCACCGAUAUUAGUUACAACUACAAAGCGUUUUGAAACAAAUGAGAUCAUUUUAAAGUUAUAAAUCUUCAUUUUAUACUCCCACUCCUUAUAAACGUCUCUCUUAAGAGAUGUUUGGACAAACACAAUAGCCACAAAAUACAACUUAAAUCAUUUAGUCAUCACUAUUUGUACUAACCUGAAUGAAUAUUUCUUAACCAAACAGAGUGGGUUGGUUGUUUUCUAUCAGCAGCUCAGCCCACAAAGCCUCGUGAAAAGCAGAACAUAGUGUCUUUAUAAAGUCGAAGAGUGUUUUUGUUUCCCAGACUUUUCCACUUCUUAAUCAACUCAAGCCCUCACAGGUCGGCAGGGCUCAAAUGGGCCAUUGACUCCUCAAGAGUUUUAUAGUAGAAGGUCUACACUUGAGAUCAUAACAGUGUGGAAAAUUCUCUGGCAAUCCAGUCAGACUCUUUAAGUCCGUCCUCAGUCUUCACAUAAAAAGAGAUGUUAACUCCACUGUAUGCGUUUUUUUUUGUAUAAGAAGCUGAACUGCAUUCCAGUUUGUCAGAUUCAGCUGAAAUCUCGACCACAGGGGAUACUUUCACGGGAUCUAAACCGUUUAUUCAGGAUAUUGCGCUCUAUUUCCAACUGUUCAAUAGUCUGUACAUUUUAAUAUGCUAUACUGGGAUUAAUCUACUUUACAACUAUGGUCACAGCAUGCACUCACUCAGUUAAAAGGGCCUUUGUGACAGGAAUUCAUCCGCUGGCUUGAUUGGAAAUUAAAAUCAGAUAACAUUCAUUUUGGUUGGAUUUGCACUGAUGAUUUUGUAGCUGUGUUCAUAUUUUUAUAUGAAGGCUGUAUUUCAGGCUUUGUACACUUAAUUUGAUGACAGCUUUAGACCUUGGCACUUUUUAAAAAAGGCAUUUCUAUUCAAAUAGAUGACAGGGUUGAAGUUUGCUCUAUUAGGUCACUUCUGUGGCAUGACUCCAUUGGCUCUAAGAGGAGACUGUGAUAGCCAUAAUGCUCAAGCUGAGGUUCAAAAUGCAUAAAGACUGAUAGCUGUGGUCAAUGUGCAUUUCUAUGCAGUCAUGUCUCUACUUCUCUUCCUAAAAAGCAGCGGCGCUGUAAAAAAUGUUGACAAAAACAGAUUUUAUCGGUUUUCAAAUCACCAAGUGCUCUUGGUCAAGACACUUGACCCCACGCACCCAGUACUGAUGGAUGCGGCCUCUGCUGUCAGUGUGUGAACGUGGCGUAAAUGAGUGGAUCUGACAUGUGAUGUUAAAGUGCUCUGAGUGGUCAGAAGACCCGAGAAGGUGCUGUAUAAACACAGUCCACUUACUAUUUGGAUGCAGAGACACACUUUGUUGACAGUCAGUGGUUUUUGGAAGGGAUUUUGAGCCCAUGCAGUGAUUUCCACUUGCUGCAUGAGUCAUGUCUGUAUUGCUGUACCGCCUGAGGGCCAAAAAUCACUAUCCAGUAUUUCUUUUUAGCUUUGAGAUUUCUCCAGCUUCUCUGACUCUUUUAGUGGUAUUACGUUCUUUAGAUGACGAAAUCCUUCAAUGUUUGUAGUUUUAUGCACAUGAACACUAUUCUCACUAUCACAUCUUAAAACUCACUUCUUUAGACUUGAUUUUACAUGAUGCAUGAUUUAUUUAUUUAUCUAUUUGAUUAACUGCAUACUUCUUGUUUAACCUUGUCAGUUAUUUAUAUUAGUAUUAUUACUUUUAGUCCUGUUUUUAACAUUUUCUCAUGUUUUAAUAAACUCCCUCCCUUUUCAUUAUUACUCUUAUUACUCUAAGACUCAGCCUCUCUGGAAUAACUUUCAUUUUACUAACCUGUUGCACAAUUAACUAUCUGGUAAAGAGAUGCUUCUGUAUUUUUUAUUUUACUUUUUUUUUUUUUUAUCAAAGUUGUUUUUUUGUAGUGAUUUGCUAUUUGCAGUCAAAUACGUGAUUUAAAUCAGUUGGAACCAUCUCAGUGGGUUUUGAUCAACAUUUUUCACAGUGUCCAAACCUGCAUGGAAUUUAAGGGUGAACUUCAAGUUAAACUCUAUUCUGAAAAAUUCAAUUCUAGAUGUUUUUUCCUCUAAAACAAAGAAUGAGAACAGAACAGUUUUCGGCAGAUUCUUGUCAGGAGUCCAUUUGCAACAAAGCCUUUCCAACUCAGUAAGGUUAGAAAUGAUAAACCUCCCAGAUUCUUUUAACACUAAGAGAUGUAAGCAGAGUAAAAAUUGAUUGUCAAGAAGUUUUUCAGUGAGAAAUUUUUAAAGAGGAUUGUUAGUCUAUCUCAUUUUGUCCGUCUUUACAGUGAUUUCCUCGUGCCCGACUACCUGAGCCAGGUACAGGAGGAGGAAGAGGCGCUGGGAGUCCAGUAUGAGCUGGAGGAGUCCCAACAUCACCCCGUCUACCCGGGCAGCACCUCCACCUCCACCACCACCGCAGCCUCCUCCUCCUCCUCAGUCCAGAUGCCCGUCAUCUCCCAGGUCUCCUCCUCUACCCAGAAUUGCGAGAAUUCCUCUGGCUUCCUCUCACCUGAGCCCCUGGAUCCCCUGGAAGCCCCAUCCUCCCUCAAAAUGGAUGCAGACGAGGCUGCAGCCAUGACAGAGGAGACCAAGAUGGACAACAGUGAGGGAGGAAGUUCCCCGGAGGUCUUUGAAGAAGAACAGCAGCAGCAGCAGCAGCAUGCACAGGCCAAGGAGCUGGCUUCCAUUACCAUCGAGUGA